AUGAUUGCCAUCUUGCUAGGGCUUGUGGCCGUACUCUCGGUCGUCGUUAGCACCAGCGGAAAACCGAAACCACCGCUAGCAAAUCCUCCACGCUGGUACCAAACUACUUUGUCAAAACGGAUUGAGUUUCUCAAGAACGGAAGAGCCAUACUUGGCGAUGCGAGAAAACGCUACGGCAAGCAGCCCUAUAGGUUGAUCGUCGACACGGGCGAAUGUCUUAUCCUACCUCCUGAGUAUGCAGCAACAAUCCGUAACAGCAUGGAUCUUAGCUUCGCAAAAGCAAUAGAGAAGAACUUCUCGGGACACGUUUCCGGCUUCGAGAUGUAUGCCGUCUUGCUCCACGAACGAAGACUUGUACAAAACGUUGUGAAGGACCAACUUACUAAAUAUCUGAAGUGGAGAGAAACCAUUAUAGCAGACAGCAUUCUCCAAUUGAUCGCCCGUCUCUCCACCAGGGUCUUUCUCGGCGACACCAUGUGCCGCAACACGGCGUGGCUCGAAGCUUCCAAGGCCUACACGGUGGCAAGCUUCACCAUGAUUCUCAAAAUGACAGCCCUCCCAUCCUCGCUCAAGUUCCUCGUUCCCUGGUUCUCCUCCGAGGCGAAGAACGUCUUCAAACAUGGAGACACAUGCCGCGCAAUCCUCACCCCUCUUCUCGCCGAGCGUCGAGCUCUGAAAGCCGAAGCUAGGAGAAACGGCAAACCGGAACCUGUCUUCAACGACAUGAUCGAUUGGUUCGAGCAGAAGAGCGGCGGGAAAGGGUACGAUCCAGCUCUGUUCCAGAUUGCGCUAUCGUUUGUAGCGAUACAUACGACCAGUGAGCUGCUAACGCAUGCUAUAACCUUGCUGGCAAACGAACCACACUACGUCGCGGCAUUAAGGGAGGAAAUCGUGAGGGUACUAACAGCCGUCGGCCUGACCAAGGCGGCGCUCGCAAACCUCACGUUGAUGGACAGCGCGUUGAAGGAGUCGCAGCGGUAUAGGCCCGCUGCAUUCCUAACAAUGCGCCGUCAAGCCCAACGCACCGUCGUCCUCCCCAACGGCCUCGUCAUCAACAAAGGCGAGCAAAUCGCCGUCGACGGCUUCAACAUGUCAGACCCCAACGUCUACCCCGAUCCACACAGAUACGACAUAUACCGCUACCAGCGCAUGCGCGCCAGCACCGACCGCGCCACAGUCAGCCAGUCGCAUCUCGUUUCCACCGGUCCCAAUAACCUGUCAUUUGGACAUGGCGCACAAGGCUGUCCAGGCAGGUUCUUCGCUGCGAACGAGAUGAAAAUCGCACUGUGCCAUUUGCUGCUCAAGUACGAUUGGGAGUUGGCUGAGGGGACGGAUCUGGAAUCGAGGUUCUUGUUUGGCGAGACGGAGGCGCUGUGGAAGGGGAAUAGGCUGAGGUUUAGGCGGAGGAGAGAGGAGAUUGAUCUGGAGGGGUUGGCUUAUGUGUGA